AAAAGAACAAACGACAAAAGAAGAAGUGUCUAAUGCUAUUAGCAGUGUUAUUCUCACUGCAUGCGGCCGAAGCCGCAUACUUUUCACAGUUCUCUAUGAGGGAACCUGAUCAUGAUCCAUGCUAUGAAUCUACUGGACGGCCGGUCAGAUGUGUUCCUGAGUUUAUUAAUGCAGCAUUUGGCAAACCGGUCAUUGCUAGUGAUACGUGUGGCAUGAAUGGACCAUCAAGGUUCUGCACUAUCAAAGAAGGAGCCGAUGGUAUCAUGCGAGAAAGGUGCGAAGUAUGUGACGCAUCCAUGCCCGGACAAUCUCAUCCGGCAUCGUUGCUAACGGACUUAAAUUCGGCUGGAAAUAUGACAUGCUGGGUUUCGGAACCGUCGCUAACUCCUCACAAUGUAUCCUUAACCUUAUCACUGGGAAAGAAAUUCGAGCUGACAUACAUUUCGAUGUAUUUCUGCUCUCGUCUGCCAGAUUCUAUGGCUUUGUAUAAGUCAACAGAUCAUGGAAAGAGCUGGGUGCCGUUCCAGUAUUAUUCUUCUGAUUGUGUGGGGAUGUUUGGUAAAACGCCUGAUGUUCCUAUAACGAAACAUAACGAACAGGAAGCCGUCUGCACCAAUGCGCACAAUAUUGCCCCCGGUGGGAACAGAAUAGCCUUCCCAUUCCUGGAAAAUCGCCCCUCGGCCCUGAUGUUCGAAACUUCGCCCGUACUACAAGAUUGGGUAACCGCUACCGACAUCAGGAUCGUGUUUACCCGCUUAAGCGCAGAUCAGACGAAUCUCUAUGGCGCAUCCAACGACGUUAACGAUAUGACAAGCAAUGCGACCAGCUACGAAGAGAACGUCAAACAGCGCUACUUCUAUGCGAUGGGCGAGUUGGCUGUUGGUGGCAGAUGCAAAUGCAAUGGUCAUGCUAGCCGAUGUAUUUUUGACAAAAUGGGAAAGUACACUUGCGACUGCAAACAUAAUACGGCUGGAACAGAAUGCGAAACCUGUAAACCUUUUCAUUUCGAUCGUCCAUGGGGACGAGCAACCUCACACAAUGCAAAUGCCUGUGUCGCGUGCAAUUGUAAUCUUCAUGCAAAACGAUGUCGAUUCGAUCAGGAAUUGUACCGGUUAAGCGGUAACAGAAGUGGAGGUGUGUGUAUUAACUGCCGACAUAACACCAUUGGACGCAACUGUCAUCUCUGCAAACCCGGCUUCUAUAGGGAUACGAGCAAACCGAUCACCAAUAAAAAAGCUUGCAAAAGUUGUGGAUGCCAUCCUGUUGGAUCACUGAGCAAAAGCUGUAACCAAACAUCCGGACAAUGUAUCUGUAAACCAGGAGUCACAGGCCAGACAUGCAACCGUUGUGCGAAGGGCUACCAACAGAGUCGAUCGACUGUAACUCCGUGCAUCAGGCUUCCGGUGAAGGGUGUCGCCAGCGUCACGUCCUCGUCCGAACAAGAAAACUGCCCGAAAUGCAGGGUUGUACCAAAGAGACUCAAUCAAAAGAAAUACUGCAAGCGAGAUUACGCUCUGCAAAUCUUUGUGACUGGACGAGAGAUGGUUGAUGGCUGGGCUAGGUACCGUAUCGUCAUCGAAAACGUCUUCAAAAGAGGAAUGCGAGGCCGACGUGGAGAAACUUCACUCUGGAUGUCAUCACACUCAGUUUUGUGCAAAUGCCCAAAAAUUCGUGUUGGACGUCGUUACAUUCUUCUCGGAAAAGACGAUGAAGACAAUAAUAGGCAAGGAUAUGUAGUGAAUGGUAAAACAGUUUUGACCGAAUGGGACGAAGAAACUAUGGAUAAGGUGAUCCGUUUCGCCAAGCGAGAUAAGCUCGGUCAGUGCACAGCAGUUAGAAGAUACUAGUUUUAUUGGAAGUAGACUUUCAGCACCGUACAAUCCUCAGUUCACAUAUUUCAUGCCAUUUUAUCCUCAUUUUAUACAAAUCCAGAAUCAGUUCCGAGUGAUUUCAUGCACUCAGUCAUCAUUUUGAUUUUUGCUGCCAUAUCAUAGAUAUCAUUGUUGUUUCCCUCAUACUACGCUUUAAAUAGCGAGAAUGUUUCCAUUAGAAAUUAGCAUACAAUAUUUUAUUUGUAAC